GCGAGCCCGAGGGCGGGCGGGGAGGCGGCGCGCGCGCGCCCUGACAGCUCGGCCCCGCUCGCUCACUCGCUCGUCCCCGGCUUCCGAGCACAGCAUGGCGGUCAAGGUGCAAACAACCAAGCGAGGUGAUCCUCAGGAGUUAAGAAACAUAUUCCUACAGUAUGCCAGUACUGAGGUUGAUGGAGAACAUUAUAUGACCCCAGAAGACUUUGUACAACGCUAUCUUGGACUGUAUAAUGAUCCGAAUAGCAAUCCAAAGAUUGUACAGCUCUUGGCAGGAGUAGCUGAUCAAACCAAGGAUGGGUUGAUCUCCUAUCAAGAGUUUUUGGCAUUUGAAUCUGUUUUAUGUGCUCCAGAUUCCAUGUUCAUAGUGGCUUUCCAGUUGUUUGACAAGAGUGGAAAUGGAGAAGUGACAUUUGAAAAUGUCAAGGAAAUUUUUGGACAGACUAUUAUUCAUCAUCAUAUCCCUUUUAACUGGGACUGUGAAUUUAUCCGACUGCAUUUUGGUCACAACCGGAAGAAGCAUCUCAAUUACACAGAAUUUACACAGUUUCUCCAGGAACUACAAUUAGAACAUGCAAGACAAGCCUUUGCACUGAAAGACAAGAGCAAAAGUGGCAUGAUUUCCGGUCUGGAUUUCAGUGACAUCAUGGUUACCAUUCGGUCUCACAUGCUUACUCCUUUUGUGGAGGAGAACCUGGUUUCCGCAGCUGGAGGCAGUAUCUCACACCAGGUUAGCUUCUCCUACUUCAAUGCAUUUAACUCCUUACUGAACAACAUGGAGCUUGUUCGUAAGAUAUAUAGCACUCUUGCUGGCACAAGAAAAGAUGUGGAAGUCACAAAGGAGGAAUUUGCCCAGAGUGCCAUACGCUAUGGACAAGUUACUCCACUAGAAAUUGAUAUUUUGUAUCAGCUUGCAGACUUAUAUAAUGCUUCAGGGCGCCUGACCUUGGCAGAUAUCGAGAGAAUAGCCCCAUUGGCCGAGGGAGCCUUGCCUUACAACCUGGCAGAACUUCAGAGACAGCAAUCUCCUGGGUUAGGCAGGCCUGUCUGGCUCCAGAUUGCUGAGUCGGCGUACAGAUUCACUCUUGGCUCAGUUGCAGGAGCUGUGGGAGCCACUGCAGUGUAUCCUAUAGACCUGGUGAAGACUCGAAUGCAGAACCAGCGUGGCACUGGCUCUGUUGUAGGGGAACUGAUGUACAAAAACAGCUUUGACUGUUUUAAGAAAGUCUUGCGUUAUGAGGGCUUCUUUGGACUCUACAGGGGCCUGAUACCACAACUAAUAGGGGUUGCUCCAGAGAAGGCCAUUAAAUUGACUGUUAAUGAUUUUGUGCGAGACAAAUUCACCAGAAAAGAUGGUUCCAUUCCAUUACCAGCAGAAGUCCUUGCUGGGGGUUGUGCGGGAGGCUCCCAGGUCAUCUUCACUAACCCACUGGAGAUAGUGAAGAUUCGCCUGCAGGUAGCCGGAGAGAUCACCACGGGACCCAGAGUCAGUGCCUUGAAUGUGCUCCGGGACUUGGGACUUUUUGGUCUAUAUAAGGGUGCCAAAGCGUGUUUCCUCCGAGACAUUCCCUUUUCUGCAAUCUAUUUCCCUGUUUAUGCUCAUUGCAAACUACUUCUGGCUGAUGAAAAUGGACGCGUGGGAGGCUUGAAUCUGCUUGCAGCUGGGGCCAUGGCAGGUGUGCCUGCUGCUUCCCUGGUGACCCCCGCUGAUGUCAUCAAGACAAGGCUGCAGGUGGCUGCCCGGGCUGGCCAGACCACCUAUAGUGGGGUCAUUGACUGUUUCAGGAAGAUUCUUCGGGAGGAAGGGCCCUCAGCCUUUUGGAAAGGCACUGCAGCCCGGGUGUUUCGGUCCUCUCCCCAGUUUGGUGUUACCCUCGUCACCUAUGAACUUCUCCAGCGGUGGUUCUACAUUGAUUUUGGAGGCCUCAAACCCUCCGGCUCAGAACCCACGCCCAAGUCACGCAUCGCGGACCUGCCCCCUGCCAAUCCUGAUCAUGUCGGUGGAUACAGACUCGCCACGGCCACUUUCGCUGGCAUCGAAAACAAGUUUGGCCUUUACCUCCCCAAGUUUAAAACUCCUGCUGUUGCUGUGGUGCAGGCAAAAGCGGCUACAGCCACGGCACCUCAGUGAGAACUGUCGGACUUGGCCGAAUGGCACGCUCCAGAGGCAUGCAGGAGAGCAGCCGUGUCGUGUGAGUAGUCAGCUGCAUGGUGCUGACUGAGCUGAGGUGUCAGGCGGCCCCUUGUCUAGGACGUAUACAUAUAUCUGUUUAUAAAGUAACCAUUGCCCAGGGGAAACAACCACAAUGCUUUAGUCUUACGUGUUGGAUGUUUUUCUAAGCCUUGGCAUGAGUUAGUGUUCUAGACUCUGCUUUGCACAGCUUGCACUUAUGGUGACUGUACAUAUUGUACAUCUUUGUACAGAGACAUCUUGGCACCUCAUCCCAACAAAUCACAUUUAUAGAAAUGUAAUGCAGUUCUGAGUGGCUUGAAAUGUACAGAAUGUUUUGAAAGUGUUUUAUUAAUCACAUGAGAAUAAAUGUAUUAAAAUCAUUCUCUUAUUGAUGACUUAUGAAAAUAAAGCAUCAAUAUUAGAUGCAUUUAAAUGCCUAGUUUAUCUUCCGUUCUAGAAUAAGAAGAUGCAGGCAUAGUGAGACCUAGUGCUAAUGCUGCCAAGUAGGUGGUACUUUGCAAUGAUGCAUGCCUGCCAGUGAUGCCAGAGGACCUGGCUGAUGAUCUGUGGGUACUGAUGUGUUAGCAUUCGUAUUUGAAAUGAUGUGGAUCCUCCCGUGUUCAUCAGUCAGAAGGCAUUGCCUAGACAGCUCCUCUCCUGCAUAUGGAAAUAGGGAUGUCUCCUGCAUUACUGGCUUGGAUUUUGCAAGGCAGAAGCAGCCAGUUUUUCAAAAUCAAUAAAGGCUACUUUGGCAAUUGCCUUCAUAUGGACUUGAUUCCAGACAAAAAUAAACUGCACACCAAAAUGUA